AUGUCUCGUUACCGUGAUUCCGGUUCUGAUUGUAAAGUUUACGUCGGCGACCUUGGUUCUUCAGCGUCUAAACAAGAUUUAGAGGAUGCUUUCGGUUAUUAUGGACCAUUGAAAAAUGUAUGGGUUGCUCGACAUCCUCCAGGAUUUGCAUUUGUGGAAUUUGAAGAUCCAAGAGAUGCAGAUGAUGCCGUACGUGGUUUAGAUGGAAGAUCAAUUGCCGGUCGUCGAGUUCGUGUUGAACCAUCAAAUGGUAUGGCAAGGCGUAGGGGUCGGGACAGAGGCGUUAGUAGAAGAGGUCGUCCCUUUCAUCCAGAUGAUCGAUGCUACCAAUGCGGAGAGCGGGGUCAUUAUGCAAGAGACUGUAAACGUUACCGCCGAGGAGGUCGAAACAGAAGGUCGAGAUCGUUUACGAGAUCGAGAUCACGUGAUCGUCGUUCACGUUCCCGAAGCAAUUCGAAAAGUCGAAGCAGGUCCAAGUCUAGGGAUAAGAAAUCAAAAUCAUCGGAUCGUCGAUCGAAAUCAAAUGAGAAAAGGACUCCGUCGAAAUCGAGUUCGAAAUCCAGAUCUCGAAGCAGGUGA